CAACCAUUCAAAUUUCACUCCAGGCCCUGGGGGGUUACCUUAUCUAUUCACUACCCCACCCCCAAAUUAUAUCAUCUCUCUCGGUGGUCUCUGUCUCUGUGUGGAAGAAGAAGAAGAAAAAGGAGGAGGAGGAGGAGGAGGAGGAGUUGAAUGGGUUGGGGUUGAAAGAAAGAAAGAAAGAAGGGAACCAAAAAGAAGAUUGAAUGGGUGUUUCGUUGAAUUCCGUCGUCGGCCUCAGAACUCCUUUCCAGCAGCAGCAGGUGUUAAGGGGUUUGGGCGAGCUUAAUCAUCAUCAUCAUCAUCCUUCAAGGCAAAGGCAAUGGCAAUGGCAAUGCUCUUCCUUCCGCCAUGGAGUUGGAGUUGGACUUAGAAUCAGAGUAAAUAAACCUCGUCAAUAUUAUUACUGUUCCAGAACCACCAUCAUCGUUUCAGAAGACACGGCGGCGGCCUCUACCCCUACCCCAACCCCAACGGAUUCCCAAAGUGCUUCUCCUCCUCCUCCUCCACCAUCCAAUCCCAAUCCCAAAAAAUCUCCUACUCCUUCUCCUUCAUUGACGGCCAGAGAGCGCCUCAGGGCAGCCCGGGUCCUCAGCCGCUACAAUGAUGAUCCAUCUUCACCCUCAGCAGCAGCAUCCAAGUCCAAGCCCAAGCCCACGCCACCAGAGCUCGGCAGCCGCCUGCUGGAUGCUCUGCAAGAGACUACGGCCAACAAGGAGGGAAAGAAAAGGCAGAGGCGGUCGGGGCUUGGGCUUCCGGAAGCUCCGACAAACCUGUUCGACGACAGCAAGAGGGGGAUGCCCAAGGCAGGAUGGACCUUCGACUUCUUCCCCGGGGGAAUGGACGUCUUCUUCGUCCUCCUCUCCUUCCUCCUCAUCACCACCAUCAUGCUCGCCACCACCUACCUCGUCUGGAGAGUCGGCGCCAUCCAUUUCAAUGAAUACUAGCUAGACAAGAGUAAGAAGUCAUCAUCUUGAGUUGAGUUGCAAACCAUUUCUGGAUGCAGUGGGAGUGGAAGCAAUGGCGGCACUCCACUCUGCCAGCACCUUCACCUCCUCUUCAUCUCUAAACUGCCCCAAGCAUAUGCAGCUGCACCCUGGGGUGUUUCCAUAGAGGAUGACCGGCACAUUAAUUAUUAUGUCGCUGCAGCUGGCACCUUCAUCUUUUUGCGGAGGUGGAGGGCAGAGUCACCGUGUGCAGGCGAAGAUGAUAGUGAUGACAAGUGCACCGGAGAAUAGCACGACCACCAUUAAGAAGAGCCCAUGCCCAAGCCGGAGGACCUCCAACUUCUCAUCCUCAUACUCACAUGGCAAAGGCGGAGAUGCCACUGAAGACAACAUGCUAUGCUAUACUAUACUAUAUUAUUGUAACGUGUCCGGAAGCUGAUACGCCCGGCGCCUAGGUCAUGUCCGCGCUGAGGUCCAGACCAGUUGUCCCCUGUGUGCAACACGCUCGGGAUAUACCAUACAGUAUGGGAGAAUCGUGCAGAACACGUACCUACACCAAAAUAUGAGUUAUUAGUCGGCCGUAUAAGAAUGUCAGGCCGCCCGGACACUAUAGUGUCAUUCCAUGCAAAUUUACUUAUUUAUAGAGGCUACAGCCUACAUGCAGUCAAAUAUUUAUUUAUUUAUUUUUAAAUUGGAAUAUUAUACUAUUAAAUAUUAUAUAUGAAUAUUGAUAGA